AAAUAAUUAGUGUAUAUGUUCCUGGUCGGUAGUAUUAGAUUUCAAUAGUAAUACGAUACGAAAACUAAACUUACUCUUAUAAUUUAAUCCUGCAUUAAUACAAAUAUAUAUCUAGUCAUAUUGUUUACGUCUAGACUAUCUUAACUUCUGAUCUUAUAAAAUACCAUACUAUACUUUAUUAUACUUUAUAUAGAUCUAGAUUCUAGAUCUAAGUUUAAGUAUAGUAAAGUAUAGUCAUAGUAUAGUAGUGUAUACUUAUAAACUUAUAGUAAAUGAACUAGAUCAAGAUCUAGAAUAAUCUAGACCUACAACAGUCAACAGAGCUACAUUGUCAACACCCAUCUCAACUGUAGUCUACAGGACUCUGAACGUUUUUGAUGUGAGAAUGAUUCAGUGAAAGAGACUUGACUUUGUUUUCUUUUUUUCGAGGAAAUUAUGUACCUUGUUUUGGCAAGAUGGAGGUGUUUGCUGGUCGCAUGACAGUCAAAGUUCCAUCUUUCUUUGGCCAGAGAACCUAUGAAAAUGUUUGGUGUGUGCUUCAUGCCUGUCCUGAACCCAAAUACGUUCGAAUGCACAUAUACAAUGAUGAGAACACGAAACCUAGACCUAGAGAAAUCAUCCUCUUAGAUAAGGCAAAGUGGAAGAAACUAGGCAAUGUAGAGUUGGGCUUUGGGCUUGAGCUGAAGGGCAAUAAAUUGCACACCUUUAAAGUGAACUCCAGGGAGGAUUUAAGGAAGUGGAUUUUGUCUCUGUGCAUUGUCAGCUUUGAUUUGUUUAAGACCAAAAGUGAAGUAGGUGUGGAAGAUACUGGGAAGGUUGACCUAGAUAGUCUCUUAACUCGAGACAGCUCAGCUGUAGAGAUGAAUGUACUUUACGGAAGCUCCUUGAACCCCACCAUGCACUAUUUUUUUGUCGCAAUCAAGCAGGACAGUGACUUUCCUAAGCUCAACAUGUCAGGCCUGUACAAAAUGAUUAUCCAUGAAGAAAAUAUUUAUGUUUGCAACUUGGAUUCUGAUGAUGUGGUUGUGGCGUGGAGCUUAUUUGAAAUAAAAAAGUAUGGCUACAACUCAUGCUUUUUUUACUUGCUGGCUGGUGCCAAGGCUGAAUCUCGGGAAGGAAACUAUGGAGUUUAUACAGCGGUAGGGGAAAAAAUUAAGGACUUGUUAUUAACAGAGGCAAAUAAGUUGCGAGAAAUUUACAAAGAUGAAAUAGCCAGAAAUAUGGCUGAAAUGGGAGCGUCUGCUUCAACAGAUGACGUAAGCAUUGAAAUACACCAAUCAGCAUCUGAAGGGAGUUCUGAUGUUUAUUCCCAAGUAGAUAAGAGCAAAUCCGUUUCUCAAACUCAUCUUGUUGCAUCAGCCAAACAGCAGAGCAGUAAGAGAAAAACGGAGAAAGAGAAAAAAACAAAAGAUGUUAGCAAAAAAGACAAGGAAAAAUCGAAGAACAAAACAAAAGAUGUGAAGGAGGAGAAGCAUUAUGCAGAUCCGUGGGAAAAUAAACCCAAACCUGCAGUUAGUAAAAAACCUGCCAAAGCACCUGGCUUCCAUGUUGAUAAAGAUGUUUAUGCCGAGCCAGACAAAUUAAAGAAGGGCUUAACCAUUACCAAGAGCAGAGAAGUGGUCCACACGGAAAACUAUGAGCCAGCCCCACUGAAAAAGCCAGAGAUCAUUCCUCCUCGGUGGGAACCACAGCAAGAUGACUUGAAUGCAAAUGACACUUAUGCACACAUAAACCGGGCAGCACCCGAACCGGUUUCCCAUGACAAUAUUUAUGGGAUGCAGUCUGCCUCAGCUCCCAUCAAACCAAAGAUAAUCCCUCCAAAGUGGGAGGCCAAAGGAGACGACUCAAAUAAUAAUGAUACCUAUGCCCACAUCACUAGAACAGCAGCCAAAGCGUCUUCUCAUGACAAUAUCUAUGGUCUUGAGUCUGCGUCUGCUCCAAUCAAGCCCCCACAUCUUCCAGAACCGGAUAAUCCAUAUGAAGAUACAGGUCCAUCUACCAGUGCGUAUGAAGCUGUUCAGUAUUAAUAUCACUUGUAAACAAAAAUCAAGGAAACAUUUUAUUCUCACAGCUUACAGCACAACAAAAUAAUUUUUUUUAACAGAGAAAUUUAAAAUAAGAAUAAUUAUUUUUUUGAAAUUUCUUGAAUGUAACAGAAGCAAGAGUUACACUAAUGUUCUUCCAUAGACAUUUUGUUAGAUUUCUAAGUCUUUACCCAUUUCUUAUCUAUCAUUUAAAAAAUUGCUUUUAUAUGGGAAAUUUUUUCAUUAUUGGGAAAAAAAUAUUUUCCUUUUAUAGGGAUGUGAGGAUUUAAGUUUUUUUUACUAUAUGCUACCUUCAUAUACCUGCCUGCACUACAACCUAAUGUUCACAAUUGUUUCAUUUCUGUGAUGUUUAGUGACGCAAGGUCAUUAAAUUUGUUUUUCAGGCUAAAUAAAAUUGAGUAUUAUUUUACAGUAGUUUGCAUGGGCCAUCAGGAUGAGGGUCAAAACUUGAAAUACUUAAAUAGAAAAACAUUACAAACUAUUUUCCCCUUCCAUUGGAAGUCUCAACUAUUUGAUGCAAUUGUAUGUACCAUUACCAUAGCAUAGGUGUGCAAGUUUACUAAAUGAAAGCAAUGCUGCACAUUUUAGAUUUCUGUAUUCACUAAUGCUGUGGUCAUUUUGUUCUUGUUAAAUAAUUGUGGUUCUUUGAAAUUAUUCGGGCUCUUUUACAUUUUUCCUUUUAAAGAGUUUCAUAGUUUUUUGUGUGUAAAUGGCACAAAACAUUCCAGUUUUCACAAUCCUACAACCAUUCCACCUUUACAUUUGCCUUCAGAAUAAUGUUUUCUUUUCAAAACUGUGGAACAAGUAGCGUUAGCCUCUAUAUUUAUAAAUUACUUUAUUGAGAAUUUGUAGUAAUGAACUUAAAACUUCAUUGAUGUAUUGUAUUAGUUGAAAUUUAUGUCUAAAUAUACAUAUACUUAAGAUCAAAUAGUGGCUAGGAUAAAAUUAAUCAUUAUAUUGUAAACUUAUCAAUCUUUAUUUUUUUUGCUAUGAGUUACUUUUUUUUAAAUGAUUACAAUUUUAUUCCUAAAUUUUUUUUUAAUGUACAACAUUAUAUUCUGAAGAUUGUAAUAAUUUUUAUGAUUUUUUAAGGUAAAUUUAUAUGUAUAUUUGAAUUAGAUCAGCUUAAAAUGAUAAAUGUUUGUAAAAAUAACUGAUGGAAAGUAAUUGUCCCUUGCAUAUUACAAUCAUUUUGCAUUUGAUAAUUAUCAGACUAUAACAUUGAAAUUAUUAUUUUUGUUUUACACAGUUUCUUUACUAUAGUUGUAUAAAUACUGGCUGAUUUUCAAAUUGUUCUUCAUAGAAUUAUAUUUUUUUAAAGAUAUAUACAUGUAUAUAUUAUUUUUAAAACUAUGGUAUUACUUAGAGAAGAUAAAUAUUUAUAUAUUAGUGCCUUAUUUAUUCUUUAUUAAUGUUGACAUUAGUCAUACAAAAACAUAUUGAAUGAGUAUUGUACUUAAAUUAUUUUUAAAAAUUUAAAUGAAUAUUUCAAUCAGUAUUGAAUGUAUGAACUAAACUGUAUGGGCAUGCUCAAGUUGAAGAAAGAUUAAAUUCAUUUUGUAUAAACUUUUCCCCCUAUGCUUCUAUGCUGACUGGGUUAUCAUAACUUGGUCACUAAAUCCUAUAACUCUGUCAUCUUUGCUCUUGUCUUACAACUUGGUCGACUUUUAUUGUAUAAUAGCGUAUUCAUAAUCAAGGCAAAAAUCUUUUUGUGUUUCUUCUGAUAUUAUUUGUUUUCAUGAUUUGAUUUUUUUUUUUAAACUAAUAUAUGCAUAUUUUUUUUCCAUGCCAUAAUAUUUUCCGGUAAUUGUAAAUUGUAUAUCUAGAUGUUGAAUCAAAUUUUUUUAUUUUUGUAGACUUAUUUCACCAGUGUUCCUACCAACAAAUGUUUCUGAAUUCUAUAGCAUCAACAUUUUUUCAUACAAAAAAUUUUUUUUUAAAGUAUAUUACAGGGUUAUUAGUAGCAUGCUUAAGAUAAAUUUCCCAUUUGCAAAGAAUAUCAUUACUUCUAAUAAAAAAAAAAUACACACUUGGCCCUUAAUUAUAUUUUUAAAAUAUUAGACUGAAACAUAGUUUGUCUAAAGAAAAUUUGUAUAAAAUAAAAAAAAUGUACAAUAGAUUCUCUAGGCCUAAUCUUUUCUUUGCAGUAGUAAACACUUGAAGUUCACAACACUUGUACAGACUUGGUUCUAAGCAAUUUCGAACUCUUCAUAACGGAUAAAUCCAAAAUCCAUUCUAUUUCUACCCGUGCAUUCUCUAAAUUAUUCCAGUUCAGUACCUACAGCAGGUUCCAAUUAAUGUAGAUGGUGUGUGAAAUAUGGCUAAUUGAAAAUUUCAGGUAGGAUCCCAAUAAUAUGAAUAUAGUUAAUCUGAAAAGUGACAGGUGGUGGCUAACUCAACAAAUCUAUUAUCUGCCUGGUCAAUUAAAAUUAUUUGACCUUAUGUCCAUUUUAAAUGGAUGCUAUCACUAGUGAUGGGAACUAAACUAAAUUUAAACUAAAACUAAGUUUCAAAUAAAAUAAAGUAGUUAAACUAUUAGUUUAUCAUGAAUUUUUAGUUAUAGUUAAUCUGAACUAAAGAAAAUUAAUUAAACUAUACAAACUUUUUCAUAACUCUUUUUUUUUUGGGGGGGGGGGGGGUUGAUCUAGACCUAGCCAUAAUUAUAAGACUGUAUGCCUACGAUUUGAUCUUAUUCUUUUAACACUAGAAAUAUUUAUCUAUAAUAAAAUCAGUAAUAAGGAAAAUGUUUCUUACAUAAAUGUUAAUGCAUAAUAAAAUUGGAUUUAAAAAAAAGAUGUCUAAAUAAAUGUGUGCUUGUAUUUUUGCCUUAUAUUAAAACCUUUAGAAAAGAAAGGCACUUUAAAAAAAAAAUUAUAAUAAAUAACAGAUUUAGAGUUUCACAUUUCUAAUAACCAAAAAAGUAGAAACUAGAUUGUUGGAGUUUUAUGAAAUAUUUGACCUGUGUAACUAUUUUUUGUAAAGUACAUGCUUGACUAACCUUGCCAAUGUGUUAUUUUCUUGUCUUACCACUUGACAAUAAGCAAAUACUAUUGCAUAACACGCAAUGAAAAAAACGCAGGGUAGUCUUGUAGUAUCAUCGACUACACUAGGCCUACAUGUGUAUGUCUACUUGACCAUGUUGUUAAAAUCAGUCAUAUUUACUUUUUGGUCAGGGAGGGUGGAAUGUGAAUUAAGAUAUGUUUUUUUUUCUAGAGUUGGUUAGCUUAAUGCUUUUAGAUCUAUAUAGUCCUAACUGUCAAUUUAGACCUAGAUCUCAAUUAUUAAGUCUAGAGACUGGAAUCUAUUAUACAUUUCGGCUUUAGGUUAAAGCUAUAAAAAAGUGUACUUGACGUUCCUGCAGUUAAUAAAUUAUUUUUUGCCGCAAUUUGAAUUGAUUAAAACCACUAAAUAUUGACCUAAUUAGCUAAUCAAAUUCCCACUAUACACAGAAAUUAAACACCACCAAGCGAAUUAGGAAAAAUUCUAUAUUAACCCAUUCAUAAUAUUGCAUAGAAGCAUUUGGCAAAAUAUGUUUAAUAACAUUUUUUAAUACUGCUAAUUUUUUUCUAGUUAAACUUUUGCCUUAAAUAUUUUUAGUUAAACUAAAAGUUUCUAACGUUUUAGUUAACAUCACUAGCUAUCACUUAUGGAUUAGCUUUUACCCAUAUUAAAUAUGCUGCAGUGCAUUAAUGUUUCUGAGUAUUGAUUUCACCAAUGUAAAUGAAUACGUUGUUGUUUUUUUUUAAGAUCAUAAGAAGGAUUCAUGAAUCAUUAUUUUUUUUUAGAUGAGAAAUAUGUGAUAAAACUUUGUUGUAAUCUUUAUUUUAAUGGACUCGUGAUAACUGAAAAGCCUGUGGGUAUUCAGCUGUUUAGAAAAUAUAUGUGUGUAAUUUAAAAGCCUAAUAAAUGAAACUUAUUUAUGUACCUAUUGAAUUGUUUUUCGGAAAUUUAUUUAGCUUGUUAUUUAUCUAUAUUUUGUUUAUAAUGUUUAAAAAAAAGCUCUUUACAAUCAAACCACAUUAACAUCAACAAGUUAUCUUACCCACUUAGAGAGUCAUUUUCAUUUUUUAAAUAAUUUAUGAAUCUUAAUUUUUUAUUGACUUGUUUGUGAAAUAUUUUGUUUAUAAGUAAGAAAACAAUGAAGUGAAACUUGUAUAUACUAGUAGAUAGAUUCAAAAGUUGUUCUGAUAGGUAGUCAGUAGUAAGUAGAAUUAACUUUUAAAAUGAUUGGGUUGUUCCCAGUAAGAAAUUUCAAGGUAGUGUUAGUAGACUUAGACUGUCUUUAUCUCCUAGAGGUAUAAUAAAAAAGUAGUAGACUGCUAGACUGUCUUUAUCUUUUAUGGGUAUUAAAAAAAAUGUUUUUUUCUUUCCUGUUACAUUAUUCAUUUUGUAUUUUAAAUAUUAUUUUUCUUCAAACUUGACAUAUAGAACUGUCAUUUGAAUUGAAUCAUUUGAAUCAGUUACUUUCUUCCUCAUUGCCAGAAAAUCAAAGUCUUCCAGAAAGUGGUUUGAUUGGUAAACGAAACAAAUAGUUCUAUGUUUUGUUUAUACUGGUGCCUGAAUCUAAGUUUACAAUAUAAGCCUGCUGUGUUUAUUUACCACAAAAAAAAAAUCUUUUUUCUCUUUUUUAAACAACCUUCAACAAGUGUUCAUCAAUUAGUUAAAAUGGAACAGAACACUUUUGGUGCCAACAUUGUAUUUAUGAUUGGAUUUUGUGUAUAUAUAUUUUUAUCUAAGUACUUAGCAGUUUUUAUGUGUUUGUCUUUUCAAAGCAUUUAUAAGUCUUGACCAAUUAUCUCUCUUUGUAAUGUAAAAAAAAUGUUUAGCUUACAGUGUAGUUCAAAGAUUAAAUAAAAAAAAAAGGGAAACAUGUUUUCACCAUCUAGCUGUACUGUUGUAAAUUGUCAACAUUAGUAGUCCAAAGAGUGCUAGCUUGCCUGCUCCACAGAACUUCUAGUACACUACUGGUAGUACACUACUGGUAGUACACUACUGUUAGUACACUACUGUUAGUACACUACUGGUAGUACACUACUGUUAGUACACUACUGGUAUACAAAACUUUCAUUCCAAUUUCAAUUAAUAUCAAGGGACUCAUGUAUGAAAUUAUAAAACAAACAAUAAUUAAAAUAACUUACUUUUUCACUUUUUAUAAAUAGUACUUUUUUUUAAACAUUUGACUAUUUUCAUUUUGAAAUAUUAAUCAAGAUAUCUACACUCAUUAAGACUUUUGGAGCAAUCGUUACCAAAGUAACCUACAUUUUUAAUACACAGCUCCAUUCAAAAUUUUGUUUAUUUCUUAAAGUUGCCCAUAUAGAGUGUAUCUAUCUUGCACUCAUUCUGUUGCUGUACUUUUGCAUGUCCAACUCAAAAGUCUAUGCCAUAUUACGGAAUUCAUGCCACGCAAUAUCUCAUGGAAACUUGAAGGUCAAGCCAACAAAAGACAUCCUUCAAUUGAACAUGAACCUCAUAUUAUUUUUGUAUGUAACUUAUUUUGUUGUUACUCAAAAAAAUUAAAACUGCUAGAAUAUAAAA